CCGGCCUCUGCUCUCCCAUUCACUCUCACGCUCCGGCCGGCUGUGCCCAGAGGGAAGGUGAGAGGCACAGAGUGGCUGGGUGCUGGGUGAGCCGGCUCCAAAGCCGGCCCCAUCGGGCCUUCAGAGCUGCUGACCCCAGGCACAGGGCCCUGCGCCAUCCUGCCCUGCCUUUAGAAGCCCCGAUUUGCAGUGGCCUGGGGCCCAUCCUCGCUGGCUCACACGGGGUCGCUGGCAACCCCUCUGCUGGGUGCAGGGGCCGGGCCAGCCUGGCGGCCAUGGCAGACGAGAAGACCUUCCGCAUCGGCUUCAUCGUGCUGGGGCUCUUCCUGCUGUCCCUCGGCACCUUCCUCAUGAGCCACGAUCGGCCCCAGGUCUACGCCACCUUCUACGCCAUGGGCAGUGUCAUGGUGGUCGGGGGUGUCAUCUGGAGCAUGUGCCAGUGCUACCCCAAGGUAGCCUUUGUGCCCGCUGACUCUGACUUCCAAGGCAUCCUGUCCCCAAAGGCCCUCCUGGAGAAUGGACUCGCCUCAGAGAUGAAGAGCCCCCAGCCCCCCUAUGCCAGGCUGUGGGAGGAGGCCGCCUAUGACCAGAGCCUGCCUGACUUCAGCCACAUCCGGAUGGAGGCCUUGGACUACAGGAGGGGCUCCCGCCCGCUGCUGGCCCCCGAGCAGGAGCCAAGGUCCAGGGAUGGUAGAGAAGGCGGCCCUUGCGAUGCUCAGGCCUGGGUGGAGGCGGCUGUGGUCGUCCACAGGUGCUUGGACCAGAGCGAGGGAGAAAGGACCCGGACUCAGAGCAGCCCCAGCCUGCCGGGCCAUCCCCAGGGCCCUGCACCCUUGGCCUCCUUCCAAGAUGACCUGGAUAUGAGCUCAAGUGAAGGCACAAGCCCCACCCCAUCUCCGCCUGGCAGAGAGGCACCCCGGCCCCCACAGCAGGAACCCAGGGACAGCAGCAGCCCACUGGAUGUCUUCGAUGACUUUGCCCUGAUCGAUGAUGCCCCCACACUGGAGGAUGCACCCCAAGAGGGGCAGAGGCAGAAGGCAGUCCUGCUCAGCAGCUGGCAGCAGUACCCAAGGAGGAGGAAGGAGAAGGAGAAGGAGGACAAGGCCUCGGACACAGGUGCAGAGGAGCCGGAGGAGAAAGAAGAGGAUUUGUACUAUGGGCUUCCGGACAGCCCUGGGGACCCCCUUCCAGACAAGGAACUAGGCUUUGAGCCUGAUGCCCAGGGCUGAGCUGGAACAGCUCCCUAGUUCCAGCUGCGACCACUGCUAACCCCCUUUGAACUCACUGGGCCUCCGUUUCUGCACAAGGGGACUACAUGGAGACAAGGUGGGGGGCCCGAGGAGGGCAUCUCGGACCUACAAAGGGAUCUCAGGGAGGGGUUGCUGUCUGAACCAUUGCUCCAAUGGCUCCUUUUCUCUGACAAACCUUCGAAGGCAAAACUCGAUGUGCUGAAUAUUUACAGCAGCCAGGUGGUCCUCAAAAACCUUUUCUGUCCCCCAAAGCUGGCCUCUGACAGGGCCCUCCUGGUGCUCUCGGUGGCCUAGAUCCUCUGUGCCGACCUCUGGUGCCUGCUGGAGGGAGUGGCCCAUCUCCCCAGGGAUGCCCAGCUUUUCCCCAGCCCAGGACCUGCUGUGGCUCCCGCAGUUCCUACUCCGGGAUCCAUGGCCUCAUGGGGCUGGCCCCACUGAACUCAGACCUCAGCCCUGGAAGCCCCCUUCAACCUCCGGUCCCCAUUCUGCAGCCCAGGCCCUUGCCUGAGCUCUUCUGCUCCAGGACACCCUUGGCUCCCCAGCAGAGGGGACCCUCCCUCCCCUGCAUGCUUCUGAUGUUGCAACUCUUGAAGUGAGGUGGUGCUUGCUCUACUCAAUGCCUUUGGGCUGGAUGCUCCCGCUGUGGCACCCUGCCUGCCUCCUGCUCCAGGGGACAGCAUGGCUUUACCCACCUCAGCACCUCUGGUGGCCCCAGAGCCACGGCCACUGAGGGGAUGUGGAAGGCAAAGUCCCAAGAACCUUCUGCCAAGCACGGGAGCCACCUCCUACUUCACCACCCUUACACUCCCAGCUCCUUAAUGACUAGCACUCAGACUCUACAUGGCUCUCAUACAGCCUCGGGGUCAGGCAACAAGCCCCAGACAAUGCUCAGCACACCUGCUAACUUCCCUGGCUCUGGCUUGGGCAAGUGACCUCAUGCUGCUGGCUUUGUUUCAUCUGCAUCAGGUCGGCACAGCACGUCCGCUGUGCGCUGGAUGCUCAGCUGGGACCUUUGGGGGAGUUCCUGAGAUGGCUCUUGGCACGCUCACACUCCAGCCAGCUGCUUCCUUGUGCAUUAGAGACAGAGCGCAGUGCAGAGAUGCAAGAAACUGAUGCUCAGGGGCCAGGGGCAGCAGUGGCAGAACCUCAGCACCCUGCGGGAGCACUGUCCCCUGCUGAUCUCUGCAGAGCCCUCGGCCCACCCAGAGACAGGAGUGGGUGUGGAGGAGAGGGCAGGGUGCUACCUCAGAUCAGUCCACACACUCAGAGCUUCGCCCUGGGAGUGGGGGGCCGAUUCCUGGGCAGAGCCCCUGGUGCAGGUUGGGGUCCUGGCUCAGGGAAGAAGAUGGCCGAGCUGGGGCAGAAGGCCACUCUCCCAGGGUACGCUCUUCUCUCUGGGCCUUCCUACCUCUGCUGGAAAGGGGGUGUCCCCACUCACACCCGGAACAUGGACAAGGUGAGAUGCAGCACACUCCUUGCUCUGUGGGUCAGGGCAGGGACACCUGUGACUCACAUCAGUGGGGGCACCAACACCCAUGACUAAAAUAACAUUCUUAACACCAAAAGGGGUCACCUUGAUUCACUAACAAAUUCUUCUUUCAAAAUCCACCAUUGCCCCCCGGCCUGGGACAAAUGCAGCAUCAUGCCCGGCUGGCAUUGUGGGCCAUGCCUGAGGGAGUGGCAGCCAGCAGGGUGUGACUCAGGAUAGCUGUGUGAGUGGCUUUCCAUGUGUUAGGCAAGUGCUCUACUACUGAGCUACACCCCCAGCCCUUUUUAUUUUAUUU